AUGAUAAUUCUUAAUAUAAUCAAUAAAAUCAUAUUUUACUCUUAUUGUUCUUGUCGGCGUGGUUAAACGGGUAAAGAAAUGAUCUAUACAGGCUCUAAAUGAUUAGGAGAUAGAAGAAAUAUUGUGGUUUUUCCUAGAUUUCUCGUUGAUUAUUAUUUUUUCCUCGCUGGUAAGAAGUGAAAACAACCACGGAAACAAAUAUUUACACACAGAUGUAGCAGCGUAGUUAUUCGCGUGCCAUAAAAGUGAUGGUGUUAAUUUGAUUUGAGCCGAACAAAAGGUUAAAAGAAACGAAAAUAUUACAAAACACGAAAGAAGUUUUGUCAAUUUUAUGUCCAUAAAACAUUUUGUUAUAACUGUUUGUAGGUUAUUAAUAAAUAAAUGAAAACAUCAAACAAUAGUUUUUAAUACACUUAUAUAUAUACAGUCGACUCUCGGUAACUCGAACCUCGAUAACUCGAAAUUCUUGAUAUCUCGAAAAAAUAAAAUUCCCCUUCAAAUAACAAUAACAUUUAAUGUUUAAAUAAUCUUGUUAACUCGAAAAUUAAUUUGACAAGUUUUUGAUAUCUCGAAUUUUCUUAUCCAAAUUUAGUACUAAAAAUAGUUUAUUAAGGCGAUUAUUUUUCGUAAAACCCGACCGUAAUUUAACUCUUGAUAACUUUGAUACAAUCAGUUUUAGUUCUGCCGUCUGUUCGUUCGUUUAAUCGUUUAUCGUGUGAGUGUGACAGUGUUAAUCAGUGGUUAUUAUGGCUCAAAAAAGAAAAUUAACAACAUUAUCACUGGCAGAAAAAGUGAACUUGCUUAAAAUUAUUGAAAAAGGCGAAAAAAAAAAACAAGACAUAGCCAAAGAUUUUGGAAUUCCGGCGAGUACGUUAUCUACAAUAAUAAAAAAUAAAGAUGUAAUUUUAAAAAACUUUAACAAAAACUCGGCAACUAGAAAAAAAAUGAAACUAGGAGAAUACUCUGACAUAGAAUCAUGUUUAUUAAAAUGGUUUCAACAAUGUCUUGACAAAAAAAUUCCAAUUAAUGGACCUAUUCUACGAGAAAAAGCUGAAGAGUUUGGACAUAAGUUAGGGCAUGAACAUUUUAAAGCUAGCAGUGGAUGGUUAACAAAUUGGAAAAUCAGAAAUAGCGUUGUAUUUAAACAAGUUUGUGGUGAAAGUGGCGCUGUAGAUGUACAAAAAUGUUCCGUAUGGAUAAAUAAUUUACCGAAACUCAUCGAAAAUUAUUCACCAGACGAUAUUUUUAAUGUAGAUGAAACAGGAUUAUUUUUCAAAUGUUUACCUGACAAAACAUUCAUAUUUAAAGGCCAAUCUUGUUCAGGUGGAAAACAUAGUAAAGAAAGAGUAACACUUCUGUUAGGGGCAAAUAUGUCGGGCACAGAAAAAUUAAGACCACUUCUGAUUGGUAAGUCGAAAAAACCACGAUGUUUUAAACAAAUAAAAUCAUUACCAUUAGAUUAUUAUGCGAACAAAAAAUCCUGGAUGACGUCUGAAAUUUUUAAUUUGUGGUUAAUUAAAUUAGAUAAAAAAAUGGUCUCCGAAAAAAGAAAAAUCUUACUUUUUAUUGAUAAUUGUACUGCACACAAUUUAACCUCGACUUUUAAUGCUAUUAAAGUGCAGUUUUUACCUCCUAAUACUACGUCUGUAUUACAACCAUUAGACCAAGGCAUAAUAUAUAAUUUUAAAAUAUUUUACAGAAAAGAAAUGGUAAAAAAAAUUGUAUCGGCUAUAAAUGAUACCAAUCAAAUUGUAAUAAACAUAUUGGAUGCUAUACGGCUAUGCGAUAAAGCAUGGCGACACGUAAAAAAAGAAACGAUCGUAAACUGUUUUACAAAAUCAGGUUUUAGAACUUCGACUGAAAAUAUUCCAGAUGAACCUUCUGAUGAUAAUAACGAUGAAUGGGAUCAAUUAAAUAUUAAUGAAACUUUUACGUCAUACGUCAAUGUCGAUGAAAAUUUGGAGAUUUGUGGAGAAUGGACUGAGAACGAUAUUAUCUCCGAUAUAUUGGACGAAGAUAACGAAGAAGAAAUUGAAGACCAACAAAUACAAUCCACCAUUACAAAUAAAGACGCGAAACUUGCAUUAGAAACAUUACGUAAAUAUAUUGAAGGCAAUGAAGGUAUGGAAGAUUUAUUUAAACCACUAGGUACUUUAGAAAAUAAAAUUGAGAACAAUGUUUUAAAUAAACAAAAACAAUUAACAUUACACCAAUUUUUUAAAAAUGAUAAUAUGUAAGCAGGAAUGUAAGAAAACAUUUUUUUUAUUUCUUUAAUGUAUAAUACUUAAUUUAAAAAUAAACAUAUUUUUUAAAAGUUUUUGAUAACUCGAAAUUUUUAGUAAGUCGAAUUUUUUUUUUUCCCCUUGAACUUCGAGUUACCGAGAGUCGACUGUAUAUAUAUAUACACCACUAACUAAGCGAUUAGUUAGGGCGGCAGUCCCCACAUAAAUCGGGAUCGUCAUUACGGUCCCAAUACUGCGGUUAUACAAGUGUUAUUAGGUUUAACCCAAUCAUAUUAUAUAAAAUUUAGCACGGUUACAAUAAAAUAUUAAAAUCAUAAUUGUAUAAUGAAGAUUUCGUUUAAAGGGUAUCACAAUUACAUAAUUGCCUUUCGUCGUUAUUAAUUCGAAUACACAGAAGCACAGAUUAACUUCAUUCUGGACUGUCAGUAAGUAAACUUUCUAAGAGGAGUGAGGACCCAUAUAGGCAACAAGUAACCGCGAUAUUAGGACUCUCCCCCUAAACAAAAUCCCCCUAAAUUGUUACAUUUUGGGUUUCUAUUAUAGAAGAGGUUAGCGCCCCCCCUCCCAAUAUUAUCAUGAGCUGACUUGACUUGUGCUUUUUUUCAUUAAAAUUUCUGAAAAAUCUCAC